GAACACAGUAGCAGCUCCAAGGAAGUAAUGCAGCAGUCACAGCAGAUGCUUCCCAUGAUUCCUUCAUUUCCUCCGAGAAACAUCACAACGGAACAGAUUCAGAAGUUCCUGGACGAAAACAAAAAGUUGAUUUUGGCAAUUUUGGACAAUCAAAACCUUGGAAAAUUGGCCGAAUGUGCCCAGUACCAAGCUCAGCUUCAGAAGAAUUUGAUGUAUCUAGCUGCAAUUGCUGAUGCCCAACCACAGGCAGCAAGCAUGCCUCCUCAGAUGGCCCCACAACCUGUGAUGCAACAAGGAGGGCAGUCAGGGCAAUACAUGCAAUAUUCUCAGGCUGCAAUGGCUCGGCAACCCGGUGUUUUUUCACCUAGGAACCCUCUGCAGUUUAACCCACAGCAAAUCCAGGAGUAUCAGCAACAACUUCAGCUACACCAACAAUCUAUGCAAGGUCACAUGGGCAUGAGAUCUGGAGCCAACAAUGGGAUGCUUGCUAUGCAUAAUGAGACCAUUCUUGGAGGUGGCAGUGGUGCUAGUCAACCAUCAUCUGUGGGCCGAAGUGAAUUUAUGCAUAGUGGUGGUGGUGGUGGCAGUGGCGGUGGUAAUCCUGCAGGUGGUGCUUCAAGUGGAUCAUUAGACGUACGGGGAGAAAGCAAGCAUGAUGUAUUAGAGGUAGGUUCUGGUGAUGGGCAAGGGAACUUAGCAGCUGGACAUGGCACUGCUGAUGAGGAGGAUGGCAACUGAAAUAGGAUGUUGAUAAGAGUGCCAAAGGAAUAGAGUAGCCCGUGUUGAUGUUUCACUGUUUCUUAUACUAGUGCUGCUAUACUUAUGUGGACUUCAAUGUAUGUUUCCGAUACCCUCUUCUGCAAAAUAGUUUUUAUGUGCUUCAAUGGACAGUUACGUGCUUGGGGUGAAUUUUAUAUAAAUUAAUGCAGAAGAAUGGAAAAACAGAAUUUACAUUGUAC